AUGCAUGAUGCUGUAGCCGUAGAAUUGGUACAUGAAGAUAUGGAUCAAAUCCUUGCCGAUAAUUUUACAGAACAGGAGCAAUUCGUCCUUUGGGCUAGAGAUCAAGACUAUGAUUUAGAUACUUGCCUCGAACUUUGUGACGUUGUGCAAUUUUUUAAUGAAGAUGUAAGUGAGAGAGAGGCAGAAGAGAGCUGGGGCAUGGCGGCAGCAGAAGGUGAUUUUGCUAAGCUUCGAGAUUUAGAGGAUAAGCAAGAAUUCGGACUGGCCCUAUGA